UCGUUUGAGUAUGUAGGUAAGUGGCCUUGCAGACCAGAAUUCGUUGCCAUUCAUUCAAACCUCUCUUUGUACGGGCAAUCCUUAGAGUAAACGUGCAGCUUCUAGCGCACGUUAAAGCUCCAUUGUCCAGCCUACUCUAUGCACUCGCGCUUACCAUAGCUUCUAAUUUAAUUUAAUUUAAAUUAAUUGAACUUAUCAAAGAAUGAAUGAUGAUUUUUCGGUUUAUCAAAUAAUCAGCUGUAUGUGCGCCAUAGCGUCUGCUCCACGUCACGCGGGCACUUUGGACCAAUCAAAUCACGUCCUAAGGAUUACGUGACGUCACACUGAAAGGCGGGCGCGCAGGCACCGAUUUUCAUUCAUCACAACAGGUGAGAUCCGUUACACAUCUCCUCUCUGUCUUAUCACUCCAGAAAGCGUUAAUCAUGCGAGAGUGCAUCUCCAUUCACGUCGGUCAGGCGGGCGUACAAAUCGGCAAUGCAUGUUGGGAGUUGUAUUGUCUUGAGCACGGUAUUCAACCGGACGGGCAGAUGCCGUCGGAUAAGACCAUCGGAGGCGGCGACGACUCGUUUAACACGUUUUUCUCGGAGACGGGAGCGGGAAAGCACGUGCCGCGCGCCGUUUUCGUCGAUUUGGAGCCGACCGUCGUCGACGAGGUGAGGACGGGAACGUACCGUCAGCUCUUCCAUCCCGAGCAGCUGAUCACCGGAAAGGAGGACGCAGCGAACAACUACGCGCGCGGUCACUACACCAUCGGGAAAGAGAUAGUCGAUCUGGUGCUCGACAGGAUCCGAAAACUGGCCGAUCAAUGUACCGGGCUUCAAGGAUUUCUCAUUUUCCACUCGUUUGGUGGCGGGACGGGAUCCGGGUUCGCCUCCCUGCUCAUGGAACGCCUCAGCGUCGACUACGGCAAGAAGUCCAAGCUCGAAUUCUCGAUCUAUCCCGCUCCGCAGGUCAGCACGGCCGUCGUCGAGCCCUACAACUCGAUCCUGACGACACACACGACGCUCGAGCACUCCGACUGCGCCUUCAUGGUCGACAACGAGGCCAUCUACGACAUCUGCCGUCGCAAUCUUGACAUCGAGCGUCCGACGUACACCAACCUCAACCGCCUCAUCGGCCAGAUCGUCUCCUCCAUUACCGCGUCGCUCCGUUUCGACGGCGCGCUUAACGUCGACCUGACCGAGUUUCAGACCAACCUCGUUCCCUACCCUCGCAUUCACUUUCCACUGGUCACAUACGCGCCGGUCAUAUCAGCCGAGAAGGCGUACCACGAGCAGCUGAGCGUGGCGGAGAUCACCAACGCGUGUUUCGAACCAGCCAACCAGAUGGUCAAGUGCGACCCGCGCCACGGGAAGUAUAUGGCCUGCUGCAUGCUCUACCGUGGCGACGUGGUACCGAAGGAUGUCAACGCGGCUAUUGCCACUAUCAAGACAAAACGCACUAUACAGUUUGUCGAUUGGUGUCCGACUGGGUUCAAGGUGGGGAUCAACUAUCAGCCACCGACUGUCGUCCCGGGUGGUGAUCUCGCUAAGGUUCAACGUGCCGUCUGUAUGUUGUCGAACACGACGGCUAUUGCCGAGGCUUGGGCUCGUCUGGAUCACAAGUUCGAUCUCAUGUAUGCCAAGAGGGCUUUCGUUCAUUGGUAUGUCGGAGAGGGGAUGGAAGAGGGAGAGUUCAGUGAGGCUCGAGAGGAUCUCGCUGCUUUGGAGAAGGAUUAUGAAGAGGUCGGUGUCGAUUCGGUCGAGGGAGAGGGAGAGGAAGAAGGAGAUGACUAUUGAGAUAUUGAUCACGUGACAUAGAAAACAGUUGGAGAGAUAGUCGGUUUGUGUCGACACAUUGAUGUGCCUCUAAGCAUUUUAUCACUUCAAAACUCUCAUUGGUAUCACCUUUAAAAAAUAGAAACAGUACAAAGUAGUUUGUGCUGCACUGUGUAUACUAAUAAA